GUGGAUCUGAAAUCAUUUAGUGAGGGGGGUACUUGGGAAAGAGAGCAAGAGAAGCUCUCAAUGAAAGUUUGGCCAGAGAUAUUUUUCUUUUCUUUCACAGAGGCUUCACUUUUGCUGAUUCAAAUUCAAUUGGUUACAUUUUGUUUCUGCUCAACUUUCAAUAUUUCAUGAUGAAUGGUCCAUGUAUGCAUUGUGGAAUUGAUUCAACUCCACUUUGGCGUAAAGGACCAAAUGGAAAGUCGAUAUUGUGUAAUGCUUGUGGAUCACGUUUCAAGGCGAAAGGAAACCUUGAAAACUAUCUCCCAAAAAUUGCUCUGCAAAAUCGAAUAUUACGCCUUAACAUUGAAAAAGCUAAUGAUAAAGGUCUCAAGCUUUCAAAUAAAACUUCAGGUGGAAUCAAUACCAAUACUCGGGACUUUAAAAUCCCUCGAAAGAAACGCUCACCUGUAAAGAAGCUGACACCAAUUGAGAGGUUUCAUAAAACUCUUUUGAGAUUAUCAAAAUCGGAAAAACUAUCGAAUGACAAUAUUUUAUUGACCGAGAAUAUGAACAACUUCAUGCCUAAUAAUGAGAUAGGCCUUGGAUGCAUUCUUCUCCAUAAGACAAAUGUUACUCCUACAAAUUAGUACUUCAUCUGGUCUUAUAUAUAAGAAAAAAUUUACUUUUUAGGUUUAUUGAAUAUUCAAUGUACUUAGACUGUAUAGUAGACCAAAUACAUUACUUAAUGAAUCUAAAAAUCAACUUUAUCUUCUAAAUAGGACCAGAGAUAGUAUCAUUCACAUGCAUAGAUAGACAAGUAUAUUGGGAAUUGGAAUGAUACUAUGUAAAUGUGGUGUAACUGAGAGUUUUAGCUUUAGAUAUGUAAACAUAAUUUAGACUUACUGGAUUUAAGUCUAUGUGAACUUAAGUAUUGCAUUAGAGGCAAAUUUAAGUUAUUUUAUUUGGUAUUA